ACGUGGUUCCAAGAAGAAAUCCUACGCGAUGUAGCUCGAAGAAAAAUGCGACUACAGCUGGGGUAGCGGCAACGACGUCCAUGACGUCGGCUACGUGUCCCCGGCAACGGCAGCGACUUCUCGCUACCAGGAGACUAGGGAGAAACGAAGGAAUUGCCGAACUAGGAACCAGCAGAAGAACCAGACCCUCAACCACACCCUACAUGAAUACCAGAUCGGUUACCAGAAAGCUCUACACCGUUGGAGCCACCUAUCAGGCCCCGACUCGAAAAGAUGAGACUGAAUGGCGAGAAUGGCCCGUUCACGGCAUGCACGAAAGACCCGUCUUCCAUCCUCAGGUUGGAUUAGCAGCGGGUUAUGCAGGUCGUAUUUUCUGGUCGAGCACCGAUACCGAAGGGUUGGACUGCACGUACCGGGAGGUUCUGGAUGGACCGGAUGAGGUGGAAGUGGUGUCGGUGGACCCACGCCCGAGGCGAACCCCGCCGACGACGUCUCCCACGUCGUCGAGAUUCCUCCAAAAACCACCAUCGACUAAAAAUGCUAUUCAGCCCAUCAUCGAGGGCUCGAAUGCAUCCUUUAGAGCUUGCAUGCACGAAAGCCUGCAUUCGGUGCUGGCCUACUGUGCCCAGGUAAUGUUGCCCAGCUACCGUCGCAUCGUCGGAAAAAAACGGCGCCACGACGCUGAGGCUUGGACUCAACUGGACAACGAACUCAAAGACGGAAAAAACACAGAGCAAAUGACUGCUGAUGGGCAGCCGCUCGGUGCGGACAGUAUAAACCUUACGGAGCUCGAGGAUUCGUCGAUAAGUGACGAGACGCUGAUGGAGAUGUCUUCGAUAUACAAAAAGCUUCUACCGAUGGAGGACCUGCCUUCUAGUCACGAAGACUCACCGCUACCACCGGACGAUAAUUGCGACAAAAUACCGAAUGAUGGGUCAUCUGCAAUCCUCCGGAACACCAGCGAGGCCUCAGAAAUCGCUAAAAUCCUUUCGGAGUAUAACGAAAGCCUGAAGGAGCAGGGAGCUGCCUCUUUUGCCGGUCGAUCCUUGAGUCGAGGAUCGAAGGACGGAGUGAAAACGAGUUGCAGGGAACCGGAAAUGACGCGAAAGACGUCGGUGAUCUCUGCAGAAGACGCAACUGGAUCUUUAUCACGAGAACCGUCGAACACCACGACGAUUACCGUCAGCGAAGGGGUCCAAACUCCCGAUCGAAAAACUAGCGACCAUCAUUGGCUCGAAGAGCUCAUCGUUGACACUAGUCUUCUCUACUGCGUCGCAACUGGGGUUGGACAGCGCGACCUCAGUCAAUAUGUUGACAGUCUCGACGCAAAACACAGCUUGCAGUGGCUUCAACCCCGCGAAGGAUGAAAAAGUUCCUUCCGUCGUUCCUUGAUGUGCCUUUUGUAUAAUUCCGUGAACUGUUUCCACAAAUUCAUUAUAGUACUCAAGUUAGAUAAUCAGAUGAUAUAUAGUCGAGUUGAGCAGGGAUAGUUAUAUUGGAUACUACUGUGUAUGUAAAAAAAAAAAAAAUUAGUUUC